AUACCUUCCUUCACAAAUUUCAUCACUCCCCUUCUUCUUAAUAUACUUUCAUAUUUCAUAUUUCAUACAACCACUUCUCACUUCACAAUUUUCAUCACCUCUCUUCAUUUCAUACUUGAUAAUAUGGACAGUAGAUCUUGUUUUGGGCAUUUGCUUCUGCUUAUUAGCCUCGCUUCAUUUUUGGUGAAUUGUUAUUCAUCUACUUCUCAUGAUGACUUAAAGACUUACAUUGUCUACACUGGAAAUACCUUAUAUGAUGAAACUUCAUCAUUGCUGCACUACAAAAGUUUAUUACAACAAGUUGCUGAUCACAGCAACCAAGUACCAAAGCCUGUACUACAACACUACAAGAGGAGUUUCAGUGGCUUUGUUGCUAAUCUAUCGAAGGAAGAAGCCAAUAUAAUGGCUGGACUGGAUGGUGUGGUGUCUGUUUUUCCUAAUGAAAAGAGACACCUUCUUACAACCAAAUCGUGGGAUUUCUUCGGUUUUCCACAAAAAGUAGAGAGGAAAAACUAUGAAAGCGAUGUUAUCAUUGGUGUUAUUGAUUCUGGAAUUUGGCCAGAAUCCGGGAGUUUCAAUGAUAAAGGUUUCAGUCCGCCGCCUACGAAAUGGAAAGGCACAUGCAAAGCUUAUAAUUUUUCAUGCAACAAUAAACUUAUCGGAGCAAGGUAUUACAUAUCUUUCUUUGAUGAGUUAAGCGAGCAAGAUUUCGAUUCUCCAAGAGAUUGUAAUGGGCACGGAACACAUACAGCAUCAAUUGCAGCGGGAAACCCGAUUAGCAUGGCUAGUAUGGUAGGGCUUGCAGAAGGAACAGCAAGAGGUGGAACUCCAUCUGCUCGCAUUGCUGUUUAUAAAGUGUGUUGGGGUGUAAACUGCUAUGAUUCAAAUGUUCUAGCCGCAUUUGAUGAUGCAAUUGCAGACGGGGUUGAUAUAAUAUCAGCCUCAAUUGCAUCAACAUCGAAUCAAACUGUCCAUUUUAGAGAUGCAAUCUCUAUUGGAGCAUUCCAUGCUAUGCAACGUGGAGUGCUGACAGUGUUGGCAGCAGGGAAUGCAGGUCCACAUCCUUCCACUCUGUAUAAUUUUUCUCCUUGGGCUAUUGUGGUGGGUGCUACCACAUUAGACAGGAGGUUUGUCACUGAUGUACAAUUAGGUGACAAUACAACAUAUGAGGGUGUUUCGCUGAACACGUUCGAUCUUGAGGGGAAACUGUACCCCAUUAUCUACAGUGGCGAUGCACCAAAUACAAUAGCAGGCUUCAAUCGACACACUUCCAAGAAUUGUUCGACCAAUUCCUUGGAUGAUAAGAUGGUGAAGGGUAAAAUUAUUCUAUGUGAAGCAAACAUAGGAGUACCAGAAGCCAUUAGAGUUGGUGCUAUUGGUAUCUUGAUACAAGGCCAAACUAAUGUAGAUUUGGCAUUCUCUUAUCCGUUGCCUACAUCUUAUCUUCGAUGGAAGGAUGCCAUCAAAAUAAAAAAGUACAUACACUCGUCAAGUUUUCCAACGGCAACCAUACGGAAGUCCAGAGAGGUAAAAGAUACUUUGGCACCUGUGGUUGCCUCUUUCUCAUCAAGGGGUCCUAACAAUGCAACACCAGAAAUUCUCAAGCCAGACUUAGUUGCUCCCGGUGUAGAUAUUAUUGCAAGUUGGUCUCCGAUUUCUCCAAUUUCUGAUAUUAUUGGUGACAAAAGAAAAUUGGAGUUUAAUAUUAAAUCAGGAACAUCAAUGUCAUGCCCCCAUGUGUCAAGUGCAGCAGCGUACAUCAAAUCGUUUCAUCCUACAUGGUCACCUGCUGCUGUUCGUUCGGCUCUAAUGACAACGGCUAAACAAAUGAGUCCAGAAAAUAACCGUGAUGCAGAAUUUGCUUACGGAGCCGGUCAAAUUGACCCUGUCAAAGCUAUGAAUCCUGGUUUAAUAUAUGAGACCAGUGAAGCUGACUACAUAAAAUAUUUAUGUGGACAAGGUGUCAAUACAUCGGCUUUACAACUAAUAACGAGGGAUGAAAGCAAUUGUUUUGACAUGAUAUCGGCAAGGGAUUUAAAUUAUCCUUCAUUUUCUAUCAAAGCCCCACACCCAAAACAUCAUCUAAGUGGAAGCUUCAAUAGAACUGUUGCAAAUGUUGGAUUGUCGAUGUCAACGUACAGAGCAGUUGUGACAGCCCCUAAAGGACUUGUUGUUUCAGUGAAGCCCGAUAUUUUGUCAUUUACUUCAUUGGGAGAAAGGCUGACAUAUGUUCUGACCGUGGAUGGAAAACUAAAGAAGUCUGUUGAGUCAGCUUCUUUGGUUUGGGAUGAUGGUGAAUUUCAGGUGAGGAGUCCAAUUAUUGUUUUUGAUGAGAGAGCGGAGAAAGACAAAGGUGUUCGUUUAUAUUGUAUAAAUUUCAUAUAUAUUGUCAUUUUUAAUUUAUUAUUUUAUAUUAUUAUUGAUUAAAUUAUAUACGUUUGUAUUAAAGUGUAUAGUUGUUUUUCUUUUUUGGUA